AUCUGGCGUGCGAACCGUUCAAAGUGCGGCUCGGUAUUUUUUUGUGCAUUUUUGGGCAAAUUGCUCUUAAACUGCACUUUAAAUAGAAGUUAAAAUGAAUUUAGAACUUUUAGAAUCCUUUGGGCAAAACUUUCCAGAGGACUUUGACGGUGCACUAGAUUGUAUAAGUAUUGCAAUAACUUGUUCAUUCAACAAACGUGGCACUCUGCUGGCAGUUGGCUGUAAUGAUGGAAGAAUUGUUAUUUGGGAUUUUCUCACCAGGGGGAUAGCCAAAGUGAUCACUGCUCACGUCCAUCCUGUCUGUUCUCUCAGCUGGAACCGUAAUGGUCAUAAACUUCUAAGUGCUUCCACAGACAAUAAUGUAUCAAUAUGGGAUGUGACGACUGGGGAGUGCGAGAAGUCCUACAGGUUCCCCUCCCCAAUUCUUAAAGUUCAGUUCCAUCCCAGAGACUGUAACCGAUUUCUGGUUUGUCCUCUGAAACAUGCAGUGGUUCUGGUCGACACAGAAAAGAAACACAAAAUUAUUCCACUGGACGAUGAGUCUGAUUUGAACAUUGUGGCCUCCUUUGACAGAAGAGGGGAUCAUGUUUAUACAGGAAACGCCAAAGGAAGGGUUUUGGUAUUCAACGCCAGUACGUUAGAGAUUGACGCCUCCUUCAGAGUAACCACGGGAACAAGUAAUACCACGGCUAUCAAGUCUAUAGAGUUUGCCAGGAGAGGAAAUUGUUUUCUGGUGAACUCAGCAGACAGAGUCAUACGUGUUUACGAGAGUGGAGAGGUGCUAGCAUGUGGUAAAGAGGGAGAGCCAGAGCCCAUACAGAAGUUACAAGACUUAGUGAACAGAACACUGUGGAAGAAGUGUUGUUUCUCUGGGGAUGGGGAGUACAUAGUGGCCGGGUCCGCCAGACAACACUCUCUGUACAUCUGGGAGAAAAGUAUGGGAAACCUGGUGAAAAUCUUACAUGGAACUAAGGGGGAAAUGUUACUGGAUGUCGUUUGGCACCCAGUGAGGCCAAUUAUAGCCUCUAUAUCCAGUGGAGUGGUUUCCAUAUGGGCUCAAAAUCAAGUGGAAAACUGGAGCGCUUUUGCUCCUGACUUCAAGGAGCUGGAUGAGAAUGUGGAAUAUGAGGAAAGAGAAUCUGAGUUUGACCUGGAGGAUGAAGAUAAAGAGGUCCAGGAAACAAAAGGUGCUGAUGAGGAAGACACAGAGGUAGAUGUGACGUCUAUAGAACCCAUUGCAGCAUUUAUCAGCAGUGAUGAAGAAGGAGAGGACGAGGAAGCCUUGUUAUACUUGCCGACGGCCCCGGAAGUUGAAGAACCGGAAGAGGGCUGGGGGGUGCCGCCCCAGGAACAGCUGACGACUGAAGAACCUCAGACGAAAAGUGAGAGGAAGAGAACAGCUCAGCAGUCACCAGAUUCACAGCCAGCCACCAAGAAGAAAAAGCUGAAACCUGUGGACGUAGAUCUGCCAAAUGCCCCGGCUGAUGAAAUCCACCCACUUCUCAAUGUUAAGAAGCCUCAGGAGAAGAGUUCAUCACGGAAGUCGCGGCCUGGCAAAGGUCAACAGAAGGCCAAGGCCAAGGUGCCGGCAGAAAUUCAAAAAUAUGAUUGUUCUCGUAUUUAUUCGCCAUAUCAGGAAAUAGGUCAUUUUAGCGGAAGUGAUGACCUAGUUAGCGGCAUAUUUGUUUGUAAGCAAAUUCUUGAUGUGAGAACUGCUGUUUAUGUGGGAUCGAAUAAUAAUUUAACCAACGUAAUGGCAACAGCCAGACAUAAGGAUCAGUUAAAGAGCUAUCUAGCAUCGCACAGAAGUCCGGGGAAGGUGGUUGCUGAUAGCAAGUCUGUCGGAAACGCAGGGAAAAAGUCCAAAAUUGAAAAUGACAGACCCUCAUCAGGAGGUGACGUAAAUAAUAUAACCAGAAAAUUCACGAAAUCUGUUAACGUAUCCUCGGGACCAAGUUCUCCAGCAUCAAAACCCCAAGACAGGAAAGUAGCAACAAGACACCCACACAUUAAAACUGCAACCAGUGUCACAAGAAGAGGGAAUUCAGUCAAACCUGGCAAAGUUUCUAUCAACGACCUCCCAGAUGAAGUUUUACGUCAAGUAUUUUCAAAGCUUGGAGCAAGUGACUUGCUGACGUCUGCCAGAGUGUGUACAAGAUGGAAGACACUUGCAAAUGACAAUAAACUGUGGCAACAGAUGUUUAAACUGUAUGCAGUGAAGGUGAAAGGACCCCUGCCAAAGAUACCACAACACCCCCCAACUGCCUUCUGGAAGAAACACUGUAUUGACAGGUGUUCUAAUCAUAGAAAUUCAAGGGCACUGGCAUUACUGAAGAAGCAGAGUCCAUUUACAUGUUUGCCAAUGAAAACCAAAGAAGCACUUCAGAGGGCUGGUGUCAGGUGGCAUCUAGUUCUGACAGACAGCAGUAGCAUAGAACACACUUUGGUCUGCCGCGAUAUCUUCUACUUCCCCAUGUCUGUGACCUUGAGGUGGUAUGACCUCCAGAUGCCCUCUCUGGCCAGCAUCAGGAAAUUGGCAAUUUAUGCUGUGAAUCCAGUCUUUUUCAAUGACAAGGGAGAACCCUACAGCAACAGUCCCUGCCAGAGAUCUCUACUUAAAGAAAUGGCCUUUGAAUGGAGGAAAUUGUCUUCUAGAUUAACUGUAGAUGGCGCUGAUGACCAAGUCCUUAUUCACUGCUUGUCUGAUUUAGGAAUACUGCUGGCAAGGUGGAAGGGGGAUGGUGAGUUGGCAUUUAUUGCUGUGUCUCUUCAUUCCAACAUGUUAGUACAGAGAUCCCUUAUGGGAACAACAGACAGCGCCUACCUCCCCACCCCACACAAGAUUGUAAAGGAUGAUGUUGACUCUCAGUACGGUCUCCAUGGUUACUCAUGUACAGUAGAGCUACGAAAUUUCAGAAAUAGCUACUGGAGUCAACAAUUUCAACAUUUACACUGCAAGAGAGAACACAUGGGUGGUGGUUUUGCUGUGCUGUGUGCAAUCCGUCCAGACUUCACCUCUGAUCAUGUGCCAAUAGAUAAGAAACUCAAUAUGCCAUGGAAAACUGAUCUUUUCAAAAACAUUGUGCAGGACGUUUGCGUCUUAGAUUUGACAUUACUUGAUGAAAGAAAAGACCCGAUGUGGUGUAUCAGCUCACCAGUGGCAGUACAUCAACCAAAACAUAGUAUGGUGAAUUACGACUAUGGGGGCGACAUGUACCACAUUGCCUAUGCUGAUAACAGAGGCAGAGUAACACUGCAGUUAAUAUGGGAACCAGAGAGAGAGCAGCUGAUAAUAACCUGUUUGGAACUGUCUCUCUCUUCUCAAACCAUCAAUCAUUGGUUUGGAACAAGUUAUUGACACCUUUUCCAUAGCAGACUUACGCAUCCAGCAGGGUCUAGAAACGUGUUGUCUGGCAUCAAAUACCGCUACAAGACACAGGACUGUGGAUGGUUCAAAUACCAGCAGAAGAUUCAUGGAAGACAAAGGUCUAUGCCAUCUGUACAAGUUCUGUGGCCAGCUACUGUGUGCAUAAGGCCUUUUACAGGCCCAGAGGUACGCUUCAAAGUACACUUAGUUUGAUCUGUCCUCUCUGAGAGACCAGCCUGGAUAUUCAGACAGUCUGUUACUGGAGUGGAGCCCACGCAAAUAACACAGUCAGUGACGAAGCAAGCUCAAGUAUGAGAAGGUGUGAAAGUGUGCAAAAUCUUCUGAAGUGUAAUUGUCAUUAAGCUGGCCUCUCAAAAUAGUGGACUGGUCCAGUUUUGAUUUGAAAAGGGCCGUAACUCAGUGGGCCCCCGAGGUACUACUAGUCCAAAUCCUAGUUGAGCCAGCCUGACCAUGACAUUUCUGGACAGUGGCAAAAUAACAGCUAAAAUUGUCAGUAGUCUGGUUGGACAUGUCACUUUGAAAAACUGUUUUCACCUAAAUGCUUAUGUUCACUUGUCACAGACUGGGGGCCAACACAGACAACUGCAAUAUCGACUUUUGAAAUGUACCUUUUUUAUGUUGGGUUCUGGGAGAUAACAGACAGUAUCUCUUUUAUAUAUAUAUAUAUAUUGGUGUACUGUCCACAUGAUGUCUUGAAGUUCAAGGCUAGAUUACUAUGAAGGUCAAGGUCAGAUGACUAUUAAGAAAUGGCCCCAUGUGAUAGAUAAACAGGGACUUCAUUUAAUGUUUGUUAAUAGCUGUCAGUGCAAGAUAAUCUAUGAUAUUUUCUUUUAAUUUUUCUUUUAUCAU